AUGGGUGCUAGCCAGUCAACAGAUCACAGUGGAGCGUCACCAGAGGAGUUGAGUUAUGUGCUUGCGGAGCGCUUCGCAACAAAAUGUUUCUCUCCGUUGGAGCUCACCCACCUGAAAGACAACUUCUUCUCCCGUGCUGCAGAGCAGGGUGGUCUCAAGUACUGGAACGAGAAGACGCUUUCUGACUUUCUUGGCGUCCCAGAUGGGAGCUUCUCAGCUGGCCAUGAGAACCCGCUUGAUGCGGGCCCCGUUCUGUUUCGAAUGGUUUCUUUUCUGGGCGCAUUUCCAUUCCAGAAUACUAUGGCUCCCAGUGUAUUGACAUUUGAGGCCAUGGUCAAGGUGGUCGUGCUACUCACAGAGCGCUACGGGAGGGUUCUUCGCCGUGGCCGAAAAGACCGUAUUAAGCUGCUAUUUGGUAGCCUUGCUGAUGUGGGGAGAAAGAGUACCGGGCAGUCAUCUAAUCAGGAAGCAAAUAAGGAGACUGAAGCUUUGGAUGCCAAUGCAGCUGACGCUCCAGCCGUCAAUUCUCACACUCCAGGCUUUUCUAUUGACGAGCCCGCGAAUGAUGAUUAUGACGAGGAUGAAGAUGAUGAUCUUGCUCUUGCGGCCUUGGAAUCUCUUGAUGCAAUUGAGGUAUUCAAACAUGACCAUCGAGUUGAUAGAACGGUAUAUGAGACACGGAUUUCCAUUGAUACCUUUCGCCGACUGCUCAUGUUGUUGCUGGUUAUUGCACCUCUCAAGCCCCUGGAGUCUGUCAAAUCACACAUGGCUGAUCUCGGUGUUGAAAGGGUUGAGGCAAUCCAAAAGGAGGCAGAUCAUAUUAUCGCGGCAUUUUCAUCUGAAGAAAAUGAUGGUGGUAUCUCAUACCGAGCCUUCUCCCGGACAAUAACAUCAUCGUUACCGUACUUGUUUGAUCCUCUCACGCCACUUUUUGAGCAUCUCCUGUUCAGCAAAAACUUGAACCUUUCCCAAAGACGACAGACAGGAAAUGAGCUAGAGGGGGAGACGAGCGAGAAGCCGGACGAAAUUUUACCACCAAAGCCGAUUAUACGCCCAGGAAGUUUUGAAACAAAUAUCCUUAACUCAACAUUGAUCUCUCAUAUUUCCUUCUUCCUCCCUUCCGUCUCAACGUCCUCCAGCCUUUUCAAGAGCGGGGUUUGUCUUCAUCCUGUCUUCUCUACGGCCGCUCACGGUUCUUCAUUAACCUCCUUUUCCCACCAUGUUCUGACCUGGCAAUCUGCUACAUUACUUAUGCUUCAAGGCACAGUGGAGGGGUCCGAUGCGGACCUGGUCACAAUUGGCGCCUACAUUCCACAAACAUGGAAGUCUCCUUCAUCUCACGGAACAUCACGAACAUCUGACGCAUUGCCCUGCCUCUUCCAAUUAUCUCCAAAGCACCAGGUCCUACCGGGAAAUCCGUCUUUGUCAAUCCAGAAACAGGUCAACACACCUGCGGCUUGGUUCUCUACCCAUACCGGCCUUGCACUAGGUUGCCAAAUCCCCCCGGCCUCACGCAGUCAUCACGCCCAGCCCACUCCGCACGGGGCGGCUAGCUUGCUCAUCGAUGUGAAUCUUGAAAGUGCUGAGCUGCACGUAGCACCUGUCGGUCAAGAUGGCGUCUUCCUACCGUCUGGAACUUCUUCACCCAACGAUCCAUCGACUAAAACCCGCCUUGACAUAUAUAGCCUUGAGAUCUGGGGGAUUAUCGCAGAUCCGGAGCAGGCUGCUUCGUCUGAUUCAAACUCCAAUGCGGUAGAGAUGCAGCGUGCAAAAUGGGAAUUCGAGGCGCGAGACGCAGAGAGGCGACGCAAUAUCAAUCUCAAAGCCGGUGCUGGUGACUCGGCAAAGGAGAGCGCGCGGUGGUUGUUGGAGACGGCUGGAAUUAUUGGAGAUGAAGCACAUCAAGCCGGGGGCAGAGGUUGA